CUGUUUUAUUAUAUUAAUUUAUCAUAAGACGUAGUUUACCAAGAGUGGCCAUUCUUGGGCAAAGUACCCAUUUUGGCAAUCAAGAAAACCGAAAUGGCGGAGAAACGAGAAUCUGGAAGAAUCAAGGAGUCGGAGCAGAAGCGCAUUCUGGAUGAGGCAGCUCGGCGCAGGCGUCAACGUAAGGCCCUGGAGGCACUUGAGUCAGACAACUUCCAGGACGACCCUCACGCAGACCUUAAGAUGAGCAAGAAGGCGCCGAAGUUUGAGGAAUCAAUGGACACAACUCCCCAAACUGGUGGAAGGAAGAAGAAGAAAUACCGCAGUGAUCACCUGAAGUACAGAUUCAAGAAGAGCUUUUCUGCGCUUAUAGAGGAAGAGCACCUGACAAAUAAGGAUCCCCCCAACUACGUGAGUGUGUGUGCCCCGCCCUCCAGGCUCCCCCCUCGACACUUCUGUGCAGUCUGCGGAUACAUCUCUACAUACACCUGUGUGCAGUGUGGGGCGAGGUAUUGCUCCAUUAAAUGUCUUGGAACCCACCAAGACACAAGAUGCUUGAAGUGGACUGCUUGAGGCGUAAUACACGUUCUUUUGAAAAUGGAUAAAAGUCUUUGUAAUUUUGAAUCCGUUGCCAAGAUGCAGCCAAGCAAAAUAAGAAAAGAAAAAGACUGAGGAGGAGCCCACAAAGUGUAUUGAAUUUGUUUGGAUAUCCAUUACUAUGCCUUGUGGCAACUGAAGAAAAUGACAUUACUUAUGAUGUCUUUGAACAGGAAAGAUGGACAUAAUAAAUGCAGGAUAGAUGCGCUCUCAUGCAGAAUUGCGGAAGGUUUCUUUUGACAUGUGUGCAAUUAAUGACUGUGUACCGAAGCUAUUGGCGUCAGAGCGGGAAUUCACAAAGCAUCGUAAGGGAAACUUAAAGAAAUGUCAUGCAUGCAUGUAAUUCAUUAAGUCUCUUGAUAUUGCAUUUAUUGGUAGCUUUUAACUGACAAUAAAAUGUUACAAUAUAUGUAUAUAUGUAUAUAUUCAGGAUAUUUGUUGAUAUCCUUGUGAGAUCGUAUUAUGUUUUCAUAAGUGGUGGUCAUAUAAAAUAAACUUUCAUUGGUGGUUGAACCACAGUAAAAAUAUAUGUUUUAUAUGACAACGAAUGAAGAGGAAGAGCACAGAUAAAGGUAGAUAUGACGAAGUAAACACUUCAUGUUACUAUUUAAUUAUAUGUCAUUUGAUUGGUUGAUUUUUCCAUAAUUUUCCUGAAUAAUUUUACGAGUAACAAAUUAGAUGUCUUAUAAGUGUUUAUCUUAUCCCUCACAGUCAAUUAAAAAGCAUAGCAAACUCGAACACACGUUUGUUCUGUCGUCGGUCUGUCUUGUGUACGCACGUUUUAUGUGCUGGGCGGGAAUGAUCAGCAUGAGCAGUGAGUAGUGCUUUUUUUUGCAAUGAUCAAAAUAAUGCAUGAAAAGUAUGUUUUCUAUAUCAUUUUUUUGUUAUCUGCCAUUUGUAAUUUUUUGAUUGUUAAUUGAGUAACUUAGUUUUAUUAUUGGUAUGUUCUUUUGCAAGAAAUGAUCCUAGUUUUUAAUGUUUCUUUAUCCCAUAGUAGCAGACAGACAGACAGACAUAGAGACAGAGCCUACAUUGAACAAAUUAAUCUCGGUGACUUCCAGUGCCAUAAACUUGGAUGCAUUUUAACCUUGUUGAAAACGAAGAAAAAUUUUAUGUAUUAAAAUAGCAUUUGUUGUUUCGUCAUUUGCUAGUGUUAUUUUUUGUUUAUUUGAAAACUAAUAAAUCAAUUGUUUAGUUUAAUUACAAAAAAGUA